AUGGCCGACAACCAGGUUGCUGCUGCAGCUGCUGCUUCGCUGCCGCCGCCGGUGUCCAAGGACAAGGAGAAGGUGACGCCUCCGCUGCCAGUCGUGCCUGUCCCUGCUGCCCCGGUUGACGACGACAAGGUCAUCAAGCUGAUGGCCGUGCUCGUGGACGUGGACGUGAAGCCUGCUUCUUCGUUGUCUAUCUCGCCGCCGCCGGCCGUCAUGCCGGCGGACAACAACAACAAGACGACGACGACGACGACUCCACCUGCUGUCGCUGUCCCGAUCCUAUUCGUGGUCUGCCUGUGGGCCCUCAUCAACGCCGUCGUCUUCGCCAUCGCCGACGUCGCCACACUCAUCGUCAACCGCACCCCCUGCACCAAGUCGACAUGGCUGUUCCGGUGCGUGACGCUGACCGACGCGGCGGCCGCGGAGGUGAGCCUCCUGCUGUACGGGGUGCUGUUGUGCAGCGCGGCUGCUGCGCUGGCGGCGCCGCUGCACAUGCUGCUGACGACGACAGCGACCACCACGAGCCGCAAGCGCUGGGGCGCCGUCGACGCCCUGGCCUGGGUGGCGCUGACGGCCACGGCGGGCAUCCACUGCAUGGAGGUCGCCUACGACCACAUCUUCCCCGCCGCCGAUGCUGGGGACACGUACAUCUUCGUCGACGUCGUGCUCAGCUCCAUUUACGUCGCGGUGGACCUGCUCGCCGGCGUCCUCCUCUGCUGCUCUCCUCGCCGCCUGGAGCUGGGCGAACAGAAGGGCGACAACGACGGAGAGGUCUAG